AGAGAGAGCGUGAAUGUGUGUGUGUGAGAGAGAGAGAGUGUGUGUGCGCGUGCGUGUGUGUGUAUGUGUGUGUGCAUGCAUGCAAUUCGCGGCGCUCGCGCAUUGUCCAGCCAAACGCUUUAACGCCGCGUUAUUUCCUCGCGCAUUUCAUUUCGUUUUCCGAGAUGGAUCGAGCGUCAUCGCGCGCGGACGGACGGAUGCUUUGAGGUUUGCGCACGCGCCGCGUCGAGGAUGCUUUUUGGACCGUCGCGAUUGAGUCGCGAGCAGGAUGCAUCGAUGCAUCGUUUUUUUCCGCUGUAGUCGACGCGCACGAGCUGCUUAAGGAGGAAAACGCCACCGUGCAUCGUAGCCCGCGAGCGCGUCGAUGCCUCGUUGCAGGAGGCAGUCCGUAGCGAUGCUCGGCAGCGGUGUGCAUGCAUGUCUCGUGGUGCUGAACGGACAGCUCCCGGAGCGCGAGAGCAACAACACGCCGAGGCAGUAGCGGAGGAGUGUGCGUCGCGUACAUCGCGUGCGUCGCCUACAUCGCGUGUGUCUCCGCGGAGUGUGUUUACGUGGUUGCAAUGAGCGGUUGAGAGUGAAGAGCGUCCAGCAGAAACUGUCCAGGAAGGUGUUCUGAUGGUGGAAGUAUGUGCUGGAGAACGUCCACGUCCACAAACGAAGACGCCUAGCACCAAGCCUGGGACAGCAAAGAACAGCGAAGAACGUCAAGUCAACCAGUAUCCAGUGGAAGAGCGAUGAACCUCCACAACCUUCAGAGUGUGAAGAGCAUCCAGCCCUGAAGAGGACUGCCAGAGGAAAGGGCCAAGAAAAGCAUCCGAGGAUAAAAAAGGAGCAACCAAACAGAAUCAUUUGCAGUGCUGAGUGAUGAGAUCCAAUCUGGAUUAAUCUGUAGUGCUGUUGAUAUAAUCUGGAUUAAAAUCUCAGAGUCAGAAAAUACAAAGAGGGUGAUCUGGAGCCAAGGAGAAGAAGGCGUCCCACCACAUUUUGAGGAGCAUUAGAGGAACCAGAUUUAUGAAACAAUCCAGUUUCCACAUUUUGAAGGAUUUACCUGCUCAAAUGAACAAACUAUUUAUGAUCAAAUGACCAGAUGCCCCCAAACUGUCCCAAAAACAGUAGCGUCAUUAUUUGCGAUGUUUCCAAUGAAAUAUUCCCUAAAAUUCCUAAGAAUUCCUAAGUAUUUCUAAGAACACAAAUUUUAAUUCAAAUAGAAAUGGCCAUAAUUAUCUAUAUUCAGAUCAGUUCACCACUGAUUUGGAGCUAAUUUGGAAAAAAUUAAAAAAUUGUGUCCGUAAUGAUGAUUUUUCAACUCGUUUGACUAAAACUCUGGAACUCUUGAACUUUGGAACUAUCAAACGGUUUUAUUCUUAGCCGUGAUGCUGAAAUAACUGAGCCUUCUGGAGCGUAAAAUCUAAAAAGCCUGUCUUUAGGAGUUCUACAGUGUUCAGGGAAGUGUGUGUUUGUGCGAGUGUGUAGAAGUGUGUAUGAGUGUAUGUGUAUGAGUGUGUGAGUGCUGAAGUAAGCUCGUCUAAAUGGAAUAAGGCCGGCAGGUUUCGACGCCGUCAGCCUGACCCUGCUCUACCUGGCUUUAAUGGCUGUGGCACGCAAAAUCAAGACCCUGCUGACCGUCAACAUCCUGGUGUUCGUUGGGAUUAUACUGUUCUCGGUGUACUGCCGGAUCCAGGACCGUUCUGAGGAACUGGUGCAGCUCGGCAGGGCGUCUGACCAGCGGCUGCGGAGCAGGAAUGGCAAAGUGACGAACUUGGACCGGCAGUCCAUCCUCCAGAGGCUGGAACGUCUGGAGGACGUGGUCUACAACCAGCUGAACGGUCUGGCUAAGCCGAUGGGUCUGGUGGAGGGUCCCGGUGGGCUGGGUCAGGGCGGAGCUGCGGCGACGCUGGGGGAGGACAGUCGGGAGACGGAUGGGAAAUACGAGGAGUAUGGAUACAACGCCCAGCUCAGCGACCGCAUCUCACUGGACCGGAAUAUCCCGGACUACAGGCCCAAAAAGUGUAAGUUGUUGACGUAUCCCGAAGACCUGCCCCAGAUUUCUGUGGUUUUUAUCUUCGUGAAUGAAGCCCUGUCCGUCAUCCUGCGGUCCGUCCACAGCGUGGUCAACCACACCCCCGCCCACCUGCUGAAGGAGAUCAUACUGGUGGACGACAACAGCGACAGUGUGGAGCUGAAGUUUAAUCUGGAUCAGUACGUGAAUAAGCGAUAUCCCGGCCUGGUGAAGAUCGUCAGGAACUCGAAGCGGGAGGGAUUGAUCCGGGCGAGGAUUCACGGCUGGAACGCCGCUACGGCGCCUGUGGUGGGAUUCUUCGACGCUCAUGUUGAGUUUAACACGGCCUGGGCCGAACCCAUCCUGGCCCGAGUAAAGGAGGAUCACACGAGGAUCAUCCUCCCAGCCAUAGACAACAUCAAAUACAACACCUUCGAGGUGCAGCAGUACGCUAACGCCGCCCACGGCUACAACUGGGGCCUGUGGUGCAUGUACAUCAUCCCUCCUCAGGACUGGCUGGACAAGGGUGACGAGACCGCCCCCAUCAGAACUCCAGCGAUGAUUGGCUGCUCGUUUGUGGUGGACCGGGAGUACUUUGGAGAAAUUGGACUUCUGGAUCCAGGCAUGGAAGUUUAUGGCGGGGAAAAUAUUGAACUUGGAAUGAGGGUGUGGCAGUGUGGGGGCAGUAUGGAGGUGUUGCCUUGCGCUCGAGUCGCGCACAUCGAACGUACGAAGAAACCGUACAACAACGACAUCGACUACUACGCCAAGCGCAACGCCCUGAGAGCCGCAGAGGUCUGGAUGGACGAGUUCAAGUCACAUGUCUACAUGGCCUGGAACAUCCCAAUGAACAAUCCAGGGGUGGAUUUUGGAGAUGUUUCGGAGCGGGUGGCUCUCAGGAACAGGCUGAAGUGUAGAAGUUUCCGCUGGUAUCUGGAACACGUUUACCCCGAGAUGAGGAUCUACAACGACACCAUCACCUACGGAGAGGUGCGGAACAGUAAAGCCAGUGGUUAUUGCCUGGAUCAGGGUUCAGAGGAUGAUAACAGAGCAAUACUCUACCCCUGCCACGGCAUGUCAUCCCAGUUAGCCAGGUAUUCCACAGAGGGUCUCCUGCAGCUCGGGCCCCUGGGGUCCACCACCUUCCUCCCUGAUACCAAAUGCCUGGUGGAUGACGGCCGGGGCCGCACACCCAGUCUGAAGAAAUGUGACGCUGUGUCUCGAUCGUCUCAGCGGCUGUGGGAUUUCACACAGAACGGUCCAAUCAUAAGUCGGGAUACGGGGCGCUGUCUGGAGGUGGAAAUGUCCAAAGACGCGAACUUUGGUCUGCGGCUGGUGGUGCAGCGAUGCUCCGGCCAGAAGUGGAUGAUUCGGAACUGGAUCAAACACCCCAAACACUGAACACACACCCUGAGGAACACACACCCGGAGGAUUAGUAACACACUCUUCCCUCUCUGAGCGCUGGACUUCCUGUUGGGACGCGGCGCUGCUCCGAGGGAACGGACUCGACUCCGGUGCAGGCGGUGUGUAGUUUCGGCUCGGGCUGCCGGGUCGAUUCUCGGCCCGAGGAGAAGCUUUUUAUCAGCAGUGUUUGGGGAGAAAACACUGCGAGAACACCGUCCACACCGCAGACAGAUCUGCACCGUCAGGAACAUUCAGCCUCUCCAAAGUGCUCAACAACUCCACGGACUCUACAGCCUCGCCGCCGGCUCGGACGCUUCCCGGAUUUAAGAGGAAAUAAACUCCUGCUGUAACCAUCACCAUUAACACUACAGUGUUUUACAUCACGAUGCAUUGAAUUUACUGCAUUUACACUACAGUUACUCUACAGUUCAGAAGUUUGGAAUCACUGUUUUAAAAUGUACAUAUAUAUAAAACCAAAUAAAUGUUUGAAAUUACAUUAAAACACUCAUAACACUGUUCCCCUUCACACUGAUCCCAGAAUCAGUUAUGAAUUAUAUCAUGUAAAUAAGUAUGUACUGUAUAAAUAUGUAGAAAUGAGUCCAAAACGAUGAACAGACCUGCAGAUGGUUCUAAACUGAGUGAAAAAUGUAGAAACAUCCAGAACUUGGAUGAAGCUCUGAUAUCAAACCUAUUAAAAAGAGUUAUGUUUUAAUAAACAUCCAGUCAUCCAGUCCUAAUGCAAUAUACAGAUCUGGAAAAAAUGAAGAGACCACAGAUUUUGCUAUUUAUAGGUUUAUGUUUGAGUAAAAUGAACAUUGUUGUUUUAUUCUAUAAACUACAGACAACAUUUCUCCCAAAUUACAAAUAAAAAUAUUCUCAUUUAGAGCAUUUAUUUACAGAAAAUGAGAAAUGGCUGAAAUAACAAAAAAAAGAUGUAGAGCUUUGAGACCUCAAAUAAUGCAAAGAAAACAAGUUCAUAUUCAUAAAGUAGUUUUAAGAGUUCAGAAAUCAAUAUUUGGUGGAAUAACCCUUGUUUUUUUAACACAGUUUUUAAUCAGGCAUCUUGGCAUCAUGUUCUCCUCCACCAGUCUUACACACUGCUUUUGGAUAACUUUAUGCUGCUUUACUCCUGGUGCAAAAAUUCAAGCAGUUCGGUUUGGUUUGAUGGCUUGUGAUCAUUCAAUUUGGUAAAAUCAAUGAAUAUUUAAUUUUUAAGUGGUUUUUCCAGCUGUAUAUAUAUAAUAUAAUAUUAAUAUCCAAAAUUAAUCUCCAACAACAUUAAUAACAAAAAAUAUGUUUUAAUAGCAGUAAUAUUCAGAAAAAAGCUUUAACCGCAUAUAUGGGCUAUGAGUGUAAGUGAUACAAAACCCUUUUUUCUGCAGUAAAAUAAGAUAUUUCCAUUCUGAAAACUUUGAGGGAUUUGACGAGACUCUCCCACAAGACACUUGGAGAAAAUGCUGGUUCAAACUCUCUAUUCCACUUAAUAAUUUCAGAUCAAUAAGAGGAAUCAACCCAAAAUUGCAUUGCAAAAAUUUGCAUGUUUGAAAAUAGACAUGAAAACAAGACAACCAUGACGGAACAAAAUAUUUGGAGGGUAUGAACUGUUUUAGGCUGUUUUAGACUUUAGACUUGUAUUAACUGAGGUGUUAAAAACAUAAAUAUCCAAUAUGAAUAUAUCAGUUUCAGGGAUGUUUUUUUUUAGUGACAUCGUCAUCCAGUAUGAAUAUCCAGUGAUUAUCAAAUUACUACUGAGAAUGAAGUUCUAAUAAAAGUAUAAAAACGUCAAAAUAGACCCAAUACACAUUAUUGUAAAUAGAAGAUUUGUUAAGAGAAAUGUUAAAUAUUAAAAGCUACACAACAAAAAUGUUAGCCUGAUAAUCUAUUGGUUAUAAUAUUUAAAUUAAUUAUACAAAUUGAUUAACUGAUUAUACAAACAAUGAUUUGAGUGAUUCCAAACUUUUUCAUGCUGCAUCAUUUCCACAUGAAUAAAACUCAUAAAACAAGACAAGUCCAAAAAAUAGGUAACUUUUCUCAGGAUGAAGCAUAAUAGAGAAAUAAUACAGAAUAUUAAAGAAGAUGUGUAAAGAUGUGAUGUUAUGCCUGAUUAGUAUAUGUAUAAGUCAUGGCCGAUAGUAAGCUAUGACACACUAUGAACAAAACCCAAUAUACUAUUAUUUAUAAUAACUGAAUUACAUCUGAAAUUAUUUAUUCAUUAUUAUUAAUGUAUUACUUGUUUCUAUUAUUAUACGUUGAUGAUGGUUUACUGAGAACAGAAAUCGGCCACAUUUCUUCGCAUAUCAACCUUAAAGCACUUUUUCUUUCUUUCUUUCAUUUCUAUUACUGUAUUUAUAUUGAUGUGGAACUGAUGCACAAUCACACCCAGUAAAUUCAAUGCAUCACAUUAAUGAAUAAAAACUGAAAAACAUACGUUCUGAUAUCGGUCGUAUCAUAUCUGUGGAUGUUUUUACUUAUCGCUUCUGAUUAAAAAAUAUCAAGACUAGACUUUUCCCCGUGUAUAUCCCCAGAGAUACGAUCAGAAAAAAUAUGAAUAAUAAAAUAAAAGAAUAGACUCUGACUGUGUUCAGGACAGAUAAACAGCUUUAUACCAGCUUUACGGUUCAGUUUUUAUUUUUUACUUUUUUUGUCUUAAUUUAUCUGUUUUUAUCUGUGUUUGAUUUACAGAAUUGAUCACUUAUGCACAAAGAAUUCACAAACUCAUGUGCCUUUCUCCAUCCUGACGCUCUCAGACCGGGGAAUGUUGAUCCGGACGCAUGUACAAAACCACUUUAAUUUAAAUCCAGUAUGAAUAUAGUGUAAAAUACGUCUUAUUAUAGUGCAAUGUUGUAAAAUACUGAGGAAAAAAGGAGUGAAGAUAAUUACAGUAAUAAAGAAAUGAAGGAUUUUA